AAGUAUUUUUUGCACUUCCGGGUUUAGCGCUGCUUGACAGUAAAACUUCGUAACGCCAGGAUCGUCAAGCUCUCAGCGAAACCUCGUAACUUCACCCCGCCUCCAUUCAGAUUGACGCGCCGCGCACAGCCUGGAGACAGAUCUCCGCUUUUUCGCAAUGAAAGGUUCACAGUGCUUCAUCUGUGUGUUUGCAGUGCUGAUUAAAGUGUCUCUGCAGGUCACAGGUUUUAUUGGUGGUUCUGUUAUGUUGCUGUGUUCAUCAACUGAACAUCUUGAACAUCAAGAUAUUAAUGUGUUUUGGAGACACAAUGACAGCAAGAUUGUGUUUGAUAUAAUCAAUGGUAAUGGUUCAGUAGUGGGACAGGACCAACAAUACAAGAACAGAGUCGAACCUCUCUAUAAGGACUAUGUGAAAAGAAACUUCUCUAUCAGACUCAACGAUCUUCAACCCUCUGAUGCAGGAGAGUUCAGCUGCCUUAUCUCAUUCUCAGAUAAACCUCAGAUUGUACAGCUGAUCGUCGAAGAAUCAACUUAUCAAGAAAACCAAGGUGAUUAUACAGGAGCAUCAACUUCGUUCUGGGUUGGGAUUGUAACAGCUGGAGUAAUUAUAGGGCUUAUAGCCAUUUUCUUCAUAAUUUACAAGAUAAAAAAAUCUCAAGCUUCCUUAUUCUCCUCUGUCAGCACUGAAAACAUAUAACUGUUACACAUCUGAAAUGUCAGGUCUAUAGCUACAUUCUCACAGUCAGUCCAAAUCCAAUUAUUUGUGUAUCUGAUUGGAAUCUGAUCUAAAUUAUUGAAUCUCCACACUGUGUACCACAGGUUUUCAUGUUUUGUUUGUUUUAAGGAAUAUCUGCAUUGGUGUUUGUGGCAAUGACGUUGCGUUGAUAUGCUUAUGCCAAAGAAACAACAGCAACAGGGUUUGCAAUACAGAUGUUGUCUUGCAACAUGUUGCCAUUGCGCUGGAUUAUUGCAUCUCAAAAGGCAGCGGCUGUUUUUCCACUGGCCUUAACAAGAGAUGUGUAGACCAGCUUGACUAGCAGUAUAUUGUAAUUUUCCACUUGACUUGUACUGUGCAGCAACACAACCCUGUUUCUGCAAAGAUAUGUAGCAAUUUUUCUACCAAAAUGCCUGACGUGAUUACAUUAUACGUGCCGUGUGAAAUGAGAGCAGUCAGACUGAAACAAUGAAAUGCAAAUUGAAACUUGAAAACAUUUGUAAAAAAUAUUAUUUAAGGUUUUUUUUUUUGUUUGUUUGUUUGGUUUAUUUGCCAUUCACACUUGCUGUGUGCUCCAAUCAUAUAUGCGCAAAAAUCGGAUUUGGACUGACAGUCUAAAUAAGGCUUAAAGGGGUAGUUCACCCAAAAUUGAAAAUUACGCCAUGAUUUACUCACCCCUUCAGACAAAUACAAUCAGAAUUAUAUUAUUUAAUAGUCCAAUAAAAGCCCAAUAAACUGCAUCCAUCCAUCCAUCCAUCAUAAAAAGUGCUCCACACAGCUCCGGAGGGUUAAUAGAGGCCUCCUGAAGUGAAUCAGUGUAUUUGUGUAAGAAAAAUAUCCACAUUUAAAACUUUAUAAACCAUAAUCUCUAGUUUCUGCUAACUGUUGUAAGUGUGUUCACGAGAGAGUGGUGUUCUAGCAGCAGAGGUGGUUUUACUCUUACUCAAGUACAUUUUUAGUGAAAAAAACUGUACUUUUAGUUUGUUACUGUGGGCGACGCUCCUCUCGUUACUUUAUCUUAAUGCAAUAUAAGUUAAAUAUUUUCUGAUGCCCGUUCGUGAAUGAUUCAUUCUUUUGAGUCAAUUCUUUUGGAAGGCUUGAUCAGACCAGUUGGCAAACCAGUGAAUCGGUUCACAAAUCAGUUUGAAUGAUUUGUUCAGUUCCCUCGGAAGCAAAGUGGUCGGAAGCGGUUCUCACUCAGAUAAAACAGAAAGUUUAAGAACAUCAAGAGCGUAUCAGCAGUCAGUUGAAAGCAAAUCUGCAAAUGCUAUUGCUAGCUAUGAAGAUCUUUAUUAGAUGAACACCGCGUGUGCUGUCGGUUCCACAGGUAUAGAUUUGAUUACAAUACACGAUACCACUAUGACAUUACCAGUUUGUUGUACAUGUACCUUACACAUUAAAUACAAUGUAUAAUUUAUUCAUUAAAUAAGCUGUCACAGAGUAUGAAAUGAACAACUGCCAAACCCGCGGUAGUUCCAGGAGGAAUGCCUAGACACGAUUAAUAUUGAUAUUUUCACAAUAUUUACUCUUGCAGAAAUAAAGGCUACAUUUGUUUACAUUUUGCAGAACAGACAGAAGAAGAUCCGUCAAUGUGCAUUUGUUUCGUGAUGUUCAGAUUUUCUGUAGCGGUCAUGUGAGGAGGUUUCACUCUUCUCCGUGUCAGAGGUUAUACACAUAUAUAUACAUUUAUUAUGCAUAAUUAAUAUACUUUAAAAUAAUUUGAUGAUGUAAAUCAGAAUUUUUAUCAGCUGUUACUCCAGUUGUCAGAGGCAUAUGAUCCUUCAGAAAUCAUUCAAAUAUAUUGAUUUAUUAUCAGUGUUGUUAAAAAAAACAGCAUAUGCUGGUUAGGUAUGUUUUGAAGCUGGGAUGUUGGUUUGUGCUGGUCUUAAGCUGGUCGGUCCAGUUUAGGACCAGCACAUGACCAGCUUAAAUCAACUCAAACCAGCAUCCCAUGCUUCAAAACAUACAGCAUAUGCUGAUUUUCUUCAAUAGGGAACAGUUGUUUUUUUGGAACCUGUGACAUUUUGUUCAGGAUUAUUUUAUGAAUAGAAAGCUAAAAAAGAACAGCACUGAUAAUAAAUCAGGCUGAUAAAAAUUCUGAUUUGCAUUAUGAACGGCAGUGUGUGUAUGUAUAUAUGUAUAUAUAAAUUUUAUCUAUAUAUCUAAAUAAAAAUAUAUUCAGUAUAUGAUCCAAAGUAACUAGUAACUAACUACUUGAGUAGUUUUUUUUUUUUAUCUGAUACUUUUUUACUCUCACUCAAGUAACUAUUCAGACUAUUACUUUUACUUGAGGAAAUAUUUCUUCAAGUACUUUUACUUUUACUUGAGUACAGUUUUUGGGUACUCUACCCACCUCUCCAGCAGAUGAUGUAGGACGUAGCUGAGAAGUGACGAAUGCAGAAGUGCAGUGGAGAGUACACAACAAAACACCAGUAAUGAAUUAGAAGUACAAACGAGGAUUUGUAAAGAAAAAUGUUGGAGGAUUUUAAUAUAAUCCAAGAGGAGACUGGUUUUCCUUUGCUAUAAACAAAACUUGGUUCUCGCAAGACUGGCAUAUUCUCACUGGAGCUUACGCUACUCCUUCGUCCUACGUCAUCCACUGGACCCCACUCUCUCGUGAACGAGAGUACGACAGCCAGCGGAAGCUAGA